AGUAGCUGUCGCUGUAACCUACGAGCUGCAUGAUUAUCUGUGUUUGUCCUCUAGAGGUGUGUUGAUGACAAAUCUGCCAACAAAUAUAAGUGACUGUCUGAUGAUAUCUCUGCGGCGGACGAGACCUGACGUUGACUAAACCACACCUAGGAGUUUGGGCAGGCCAAAGCCUGGUGUUUGGCUGGGUUUGAAUAUGGCUCUGUCAUUCCUUUUGGUCUUUGCUGCCACUGUGAUUCUUAUCAGACCUGAGACACCUGUAACUAAGGCCUUACAUCAGAACUCCCUUGAGUGCUGUGGCGAGAAACAGAGAGUGAACAAUUCAUGUUCAAAUGACACCCACUGUGAACCAGGCUGCUUCUUACGUGUCCUUGAGAACAGCAAUACUGUUUGCAUAUUCUGUGACUCAGCAGCUGUGGAUCUGGAGAACAUAACAGUCUGCACCUACAACUAUACAGUGGAGCGGAAGAAUCAUACAACUGUAACUACUGUCAUUCCUAAAAUUGGAGGGCCAGGUGUGGCAGCCUCCCUUCUUCUGGGAACACUGCUGAUCAGCCUGUUCCUGAUCUUGUCUGUUGCCUCCUUUUUCUACCUCAAACGCUCCAACCGACUGCCAAGCAUCUUCUACCGCCGCAACAAGGCCUUCAUUUUCCAACCAAGUGAGACAGCUGUCAUGAUCCCCUCCUCAUCAGUGAGGAAGCCAAGAUAUGUCAGAAGGGAGCGGCCCUCUGCGACAUCAACAGUGAAUAGUGCCACCAUACCCACCACAUCCACUACUCAAGUCUAUAAUGUGUAGGAGGAGGGGUGGGAGUGCUGGUGCAGGUAGGAGAGAAAGCUCAGGAAUGAUAUUAGAUUUUCUUAUCAAUCGUGAAGAAAGACCAGUUGACUCAUAUAAAUGUGGCCAAAUUUAACUGUAACUACAGGUGGUGCAUUUUAUUGACACCGCCUUUGACUUGUUCAUAUAUUUGUUCAGUUCUUGUUCAUUACUUUUUUCUUUGAAAAUAAGCAGACACACUUAAAAUGUCCCGGAAAAAUUGUUUCAGUAUUUCUCAGUAAAUUUAAAACAUCACAGGUCGGUUUGUAUUUUCCACCCUCUGAUGCAGCACUGUGGUGAUGUAUAGAUUCAUCACUCAACGUCAGUCCUUGGAUCUUAAGUCUAAACACUGUCAUCGAGCAGUUUUUGUCUGCUGUAUGACUGUGUGUGUUGGGUUUCAUGAAUAUGUAGACCUGUCUGUUAAAGGAAUAGUUUGACAUUUAGGGAAAUAUUUUUAUUUCCCCUCUAGGGCAACAGUUAGAUGAGAAGAUUGAUUUCACUCUCACCUGUAACAUCACAUGGAAAAUGUGACGCUACAGCUGCUAGCCGCUUAGCUUUGCAUAAAGACUGGAAAAGAUGGGAAACUUUUGUCCUGACUCCAUUCAAAGGUAUUACAAAAACUUGCCUACCAGCACCUCCAAAGAUCACUAAUAACGUCAUAACCCCCCCUAUCCUAUGCGGGGUUAUGACCUUAUGUGUCCGUCCGUCUGUCCAUCUGUCUGUCUGUCCGUCCGUCCGUCUGUCCGUCCUUCUUAUUCUUGCGAAUGCUGUAUAUCACUAACACCAUGUCAGAAUUUCUUCAAAUUUGGCACAAACCUUCACUUGGACUCAAGCAUAAACUGUACAUUUUGUUGGUCAAAGGUCAAAGUAAUAGUGACCUAAUAAAACACGGUUUUGGCCUCUUGAAUGUGAUAUGUCAGGGCUGCCUUGAGUGAAUUUCUUCAGAUUUAGUACAGACAUUCACUUGGACACAGGAUGAACUGAUUAGAAUUUGGUUGUCAAAGGUCACUGUGACCUCACAAAACAUGUUUGUUGUGGCCAUAACUCACAAAUUCAUACACUCAUUAUGAAACAAUUUAAUACAAAUGUCUAAUAGGAUAAAAUGAUGAAGUGAUGACAUUUUAUACAACCGUGAGGUGGUAAUUCUAGUUUGACUUCGGUUUUUGUAUGGAUUAAACAAAUGAGAUAUAAUGUUUUAAUUAUUGAGCUUUAGAGGUGAAGGAGGUGGAUUUUGUUAUCUCUGGACAGAGACAGGCUAGCUGUUAUCCCUUGUUUCCAGUCCUUGUGCUAAGCUAAGAUAAGCUAACGUCUCCUGGCUAAUGUAGCUCCACUUUUAACAGACAGACAUGAGACUGAUAUCAGUCCUCUCAUCUUGGCUGGUCUUAUGUGACAGGGUUCAUAAAUACAUGGAUCUAUCAGAGGACUCAAACCAGUGACCAAGCUGAUCGACAGUGACACUGAUCUUUGGGACAGAGUGACAGCCUAGUGAUGUUUUUACAUAUGUGGUAUUUAUUUGCAUUUUGUAUCAGUGCACUGAAUUUUACUGAUUAAAGUUGGGCCAACAGAAUAAAUAAUGCGUCUGAUAGCAUAAGAUUUCUUCUGGUGGACCGGGACAUUAUAGGGAGUUACUGUAGGUGUUGUAUUGAUGAUUGUUCGUAUUUUUAUUGUUGCGUUUGUAUUUAUUUAUUUUUUUUGUGAGCUCAACCAAGGUGAUUGUAUUUUACAAGUACAACAAAUCAUGUAUCGCAGUUGAAUGCAUUAUUUAUUACAUUCCACAGCAGACCCACUCACACACUGACAGAAGUAAUUUUAAAGAACAUCAUCACGUUAUUUUUUUUCAUAGGACGUUCUGUGAUCCUGCUCAAACUUUUAAAAUGUCAUUUUUGUUCCAUGGAGUGAAGUUUAAUUCCAACAGGUUUUUAACAUUUUUGAAUCCUCCUGCACUUUAUUUGUCCGAGGUCAUCAGCUAAUGUUAGACCUUACUUUUUAUGCUCAAAUACUCAAAAUACAUAACUUGUUGCUAUCAAGUUUGAUUGAGAUUGUUUUCUUGUGUAAGUGGCAACAUUAUUGUUGCAUUGUGAACAUUACUUGACUACUAUUACCUUUGCCAAAUGUUGUCUGAAGAAAAUGGCUUGUAUUGUAUGCCAUUACUGUGAUUACUGUGCCAUUAUGAGCUUUAAAUGCAGCCAGGAAACAAUUUAGUCUGGUGGUGAUGAAAAGUUGGGUAUUUGAAUAAUAUCCAGUGGCCUUUACUGUGCACAAUUCGAAACCAAGGCUAGUUAUCCAAGUUUAAUUUGCUUCGUGGUAUUUUACUUCAUAUAUUUUUAUAUCUUGACAACACUAAGGCUGUAAAACUUAAUUUCCUUCUUCAGUAUGUAUGGAGCAAUCUGAAGUGAACCAGAUAAAAGGCAGCGAUCAUUCCAUGAAUAUUCCCCUUUUUGCUUUGUGUUUGCUGUUGUACGGACGACAAUAAGCUGAAUACAUGUACAUAUUGUUUUAUACAAAUGAUGUAUUGUUUUUGUAAUGAUGUACAUAUUCUAGUUUCAACGCCAUGAAGAAUGUUCUGAAGAUCUAUGUAUUGUUUUCAGAAAUAAAGCACCUUUCCAUAA